CUCAAAUGCUCGAAAUUCCAAACAUCCACCAGAGAGACAGCCAAAAUGUCAGAGUUUCAAAAGGUCGUUGUCAUUGACGCAAAGGGACACCUUCUCGGUCGCCUCGCCUCCGUCGUCGCCAAGCAACUCUUGAACGGUCAAAAGGUCGUUGUUGUUCGUUGUGAGGAACUCAACAUUUCUGGCCACUUCUUCCGUAACAAGCUUAAGUACCUCGCUUACUUGCGCAAGGCCUGUCGUUACAACCCCACCCGUGGUGCCUUCCACUUCCGCGCUCCUUCUCGCAUUUUCCAAAAGGCUGUCCGCGGUAUGAUUCCUCACAAGACUGCCCGUGGUCAGGCUGCCAUGGAGCGUCUUCAAGCUGUCGAGGGUAUCCCUGCUCCUUUCGACAAGCAGAAGCGUGUUGUUGUCCCUGCUGCUCUCCGCGUCUUGCGUCUUAAGCCUGGCCGCAAGUACUGCACUGUUGGUCGUCUCUCUGCCGAGGUUGGCUGGAAGUACCAAGACGUCGUUGCCAAGCUCGAGGAGCGUCGUAAGGUGAAGAGUGCCGCUUUCUACCAAGCUAAGCUCGCUAAGCAAAACAAGUUCUCUGCUGCCAAGGCUGCCUCUUCUGUUAACGAAAAGCUUGCUCAAUUCGGUUAUUAGAAUGAAUGCAAUCCUCGUGUAACGAA